UCGCUCUGAAAGUCACCCUGCAUUAACGAGCCUAAUGUGACCGGAGGUGACAAACCUGAGGAAGUUUGCAGGAUUUCGCUCAGCUCCGAAUAUCUGAUAUGUAAAAAAGAUAAUAAAAUAAAAUCUGAGCGCAGGAAGAGAGAGAGAGAGACAAGUGGGGAGAGAGAGAGAGAGAGAGAGAGGGCAGCUGGAUUCAAAGUGACUUUUGUAGUGACAGUCGACCCAAACACGAGAAGACAGACAUCCAGCGUGUCCGCGUCUGCCCGAGCAUCCGACGAGGAGGACCGACACCGAGCGGAGGGAGAGCAGCACCAGCAGUCUGUCAAGGCUCCUCUCCUUCCAAGUUUGGCAUUUCCAGCGGGCUCCAGGCGGGGGGGCGGGGGGACGACUUCCGAUCUGAAGCUGCGAUGGAGCUUCGGAAGAGCAAUGGACCUGUGUUGGUUGGAGUUUACCUGUGGGCGACGUUUUACUAUCAAGCUUGUCACGGCGGAGUGUACCAGAGGAAGCUGUACCAUGAACUGAUGCUAAACUACAACCGUCUGGAGAGACCAGUCCAAAACGACUCUGCUCCUAUUCUUGUGGAACUUGGCCUGACCUUGCUGCAGAUUAUUGACGUGGAUGAAAAGAACCAAGUGUUGAUCACAAACGCGUGGCUGCAACUGCAUUGGACGGAUAUUUAUCUGUCCUGGAACCCAGAGAACUACCCCGGGGUUCAGAAUCUCCGCUUUCCCUCCAAUCUGGUUUGGGUUCCAGAUAUCCUCCUCUACAACAGUGCCGAUGAGAGAUUUGAUGCCACGUUUCAUACAAAUGUGCUGGUUAACGCAUCAGGAGCCUGCCAGUACAUCCCACCAGGUAUCCUGAAGAGUACAUGCUAUAUUGAUGUCCGGUGGUUCCCAUUUGAUAUCCAAAAGUGUGACCUGAAAUUUGGCUCUUGGACCCACAACGGCUGGCUCCUGGAUCUCCAGAUGAUGGACGUGGACAUUUCUACAUACAUACCCAACGGCGAGUGGGACCUCGUAGGUGUGCCUGGAAAGCGCAACGAGUUGUACUACGAGUGCUGCAAGGAGCCCUACCCUGAUGUGACGUUCACUGUCACUAUGCGACGCAGGACUUUGUACUACGGCCUCAACCUGCUCAUCCCCUGUGUGCUGAUUUCUGGAUUGGCCCUUUUGGUUUUUCUGCUUCCAGCUGACUCUGGAGAAAAGAUCUCACUGGGUAUUACUGUGCUGCUUUCUCUGACGGUGUUCAUGCUGCUUGUUGCAGAGAUCAUGCCUGCCACUUCAGACUCUGUUCCUCUAAUUGCUCAGUACUUUGCCAGCACCAUGAUGAUUGUGGGCUUGUCUGUGGUGGUAACCGUCCUGGUUCUUCAGUUCCACCACCACGAUCCCAGAGGGGGGAAAAUGCCUAAAUGGAUCCGUGUGAUUCUACUGAACUGGUGCGCUUGGUUCCUCCGCAUGAAGAAGCCCGGGGAAGAAAAUAAACCAGCAGUGAGCUCCAGCAACCCUCCAACGUACAAGUACUCUCACUCUCCUCCACACCACACCAGCGCCACCAGCAUCCAGAUGAGCACGAUACCAGGGCAGGCCCAGUCGACAACCAACGGCAACAUGAACCUGUACUUUGGCUACCACUCCAUGGGAACGGACAACCCCGCCUUCCCACCGAGCACCGACUCGGGCCUGGUGACGUGCGGCAUCGGCAGUGAAGGAGGCGGAGGGAACCACCUGAGUGGCUCCUCCCAGCCCGACAUCCACUCGAACCACACGCGGACGAUGAUGUUGGAGCAGAUCCCGGAAAUCUCCCUCAUCCUGGAGGAAGUGCAGUACAUCGCCAGGCGCUUUCGAGACCAGGACGAGGGGGAGGAAAUCUGCAGCGAGUGGAAGUUCGCCGCCGCUGUGGUGGAUCGCUUAUGCUUGGUGGCCUUCUCGCUGUUCUCCAUCAUCUGCACCUUCACUAUACUCAUGUCCGCUCCGAAUUUCAUCGAGGCCGUGUCAAAAGACUUUACAUAAAGCUAAUCUCUUGCCACUCUGAGAAGGAAGAGGAAAAUUGUUUCAGAAAGAAUCCAAAUAUGUUGGUAUCUAUACUAUAGAAAGAUCCUGAACUACUUCUAGUUAAAGCCUCACAAGCUGAUACACUCUGUAUAUAAGAUCUUAUUGUGUCGUUGAACUUUUCUUUGUGCAUUUUUUCAAGAUUUUUUUUCUCUUUGAGGUGGCUUUCCUAACAUUAUUCAAACAGUAGGAUGUUGAUGCUUGAGGCUAUUGUUAGUGUAGAAACUCACUUUGAUGCACUUUUCACAUUUAUCCCUAACACUCCACCUCGUUUACCUGCCGCCGCUGUGACGUCACGUCCUAUCAGAGUAGCCUCCUCACAAACCUUAAUUUUUCUCUUUUUCACUUUUUACACAACACAAUGCUGUUUCAUUUGUUGAGAAUAGAUCCUUAUUUUUUGCUGUUUGUUCUGUAAAUUAGGCUGCAGCACCAUGUUAGUUUCUGCUUGAAUCUCCCUGUGAAUUCCUUAGCUGGUAAUUCAGUCAGAUAUUGUGGAUAUAUGUAUUAUUUUUAUUAAGAGGAAUUCCUAUACAUUUUUUCAUGAUCCAAGUUAAAUUAGUAUCUGUUCACAUUUGGCAGUUGUGUGUACAGCACAGCGGUGAACACACUGGAGAUGGAUUCUGAAAAGACCCACUAAGACCCCUGUUGGAGGUUGUCUGGACUUUUGUAAUUGCAUUAGUUUGGCCAGUCCUUACUGGGACAAACUGACUCAACUCAUACAUAAUAUAUUUUUAUCUUAUUUCUCCUAAAUUGCACCUAUUACGCUGCAUUAUUGAGCCCAUCAAGAGUUAUAGCAGGUAUAACUACCCAAAAAUAAAACUCAGAGGAUUGCUGACCAUAUGGAUGCCUGAAUAAAAUAGUUGUUAGAGUGACUGAACGUGUAUGUCACAGAAAAAUAAGCAGACGUGCUGAUGCUCUUUUUCUUGCUCAACGAUAUUUACACUUUUUUUUUGUAGAUGUUUUUCUCUGAUUUAAUAAUGUAAGACAUCCUUUAAUCCCAGGUGUCAUUUUCAUCUACUCUGCUUUCAGCAGAACCGGCCAGGACGUACGAUAAUACCGGGUCCGGACAGCGCCCGAGUCUCUCUUGACUAGCACAUCAGUAACGCUGCAAGUUAAUUUAAGAACCUUGAAAUUACUUCCAACGUCUCUCUCCCGUAUCACUGCUGGAUUUUUUAAUUUACUACAUCUCCCUUUGCAUUUCUAGUCCGUCUCAUUUCUUUUUUAAGUAUUAAUCUUUUGAGUCGCUCUUUGAGCAGCUCAAACCCAGGUUCUGUAUCCACAAAUGUAAUGAGAAGAAUUUUAUCAGUGUGGGUGAAAGUCAUGCUUAAUUGUGACUCUGCAGUUUUUCAAAUUGUGAAAAUAUUUGUUUUUCAAUCCAUUUACUGACUAUGUUUAGUGCGAUUAGCUGAAUCACUUGGUUAGUGAUUUGCGUUUCUCACUAAGCCUAUCCCCUGAAGGUUGAAGUGUUUGCGCAUACUGUGUUAUAUUUUGUCAUAUGCUGUCAAAAACUCAUGAUAUAAAAGAAACAACUUUUGACUAAAAGACAAGAUUUUAAAUGAGUUCUGAGGAAAGGUCAAUCCCAUUGACAUCACAUUUGGCCUAAAUCUUUUGUUACAAAAAGCAAAAAAAAGCAAACCCUUUGCUAAUCUCUCGCAACAACAUGCAACAUGGAUUACCGGGUGACUGAUGUAGAAGAUUUCGAGUAGAUCCGAUUUUGUUUUUUUAUUAUUCCCCAAUCGUCCUCUCUGAUCCUGAGUGGCAUAAGACAAAUAUAUUCCAGCUUGUCAUGCACAAAGGUGAAACUCGGUUGUGGGAUUUUACCCUGACUGGAGACGAAAGCGACACCGAUGAGGAACAAAAGCAUCGUGACCCAGCACAACUGCUGCAGCAGUAGAUUAAGUACCAUUACAUUAAAUCAAUGGACCAGGAGCAGACAAAGCCUCGCCACCCGAUGAUUAACAUUUAUGCUUGUUUGGAUUUGCAAAUGUGCUGUCCUCUCUGCCAACAACGCACACACUGGAAAUGUGGAGAUGUGAGCGUUGUAGACGGUCAUGUUUCAUUUUUGAUGUGACUUUAAAAAACGAUGAAGCCAGUUGAGAAGGCACUUUGAAUUUCUUCUGGAAAUUUAAAUAUUAAAAUCUUUUAAACGUAAUUUAGGUCAGAAUGGCUCAGUCUACAAGCAACCAGCACAGGUUUUGUUUCUCACUGCCAGUUUGAUGACAAUAGAAGCAGGGUAGUUGUGGAGACAUCAACUUUGGCUUUGGAAUAUGUUUUUGCAACAAAAGCAUAGAUUUCAUCCAGAGUUUAAGUUUAUCUUCAACAUGAAAGAAGGCUUUAGGUAAAAUAAAUGGUUAAAGUUUGAUAUUAGAGACAGAAAAUGCUGAACUGCCCCAAGGAGGGUGAUAUUAUUUAAUUGUAUGUUCAACCAGAAUUAUAUGUUGUUCAUAUUGUGUAUUUUUAUUUGUAGCCGGUGCCUCUCUUAUCAGUAUGCAUAAUUCUCCUUAAAAGAUGUUCACAAAACCUCACUGUACAUGCCUAUUUUAUGAGAAAUAAACAAAAACUGACAAAUAAAA